AGCUCCGGGGGGUUUUUUUUGGGCAAAUUUUCUGCCUAAUUAUCCAAACUAUAUAGGCCUUGUAACAAAGGAGGUUGGGGUGUUUGCCUUGUGUCCUGUGUGUUAGACGUAGGAGGAAACAUGGGAGCAUAUCCUUAUUUUUUGUCCAAUGGUUGUGGCCCUUUGGGAAGCUUAUAGUUUGAGGCCUCUAAUGGCAGAGUUAGAGGUUGAGAAAUGUGCCAUCUUUACUCAACGAGUAUUGAGACAUGAAACCCUCACAGCCAUCGGGUAAAGUAAUUCAGGUUGUGGCGCUGCUUUGGCGUAUUUGGAAGUCACAAAACUAAGUGGUGUUUGAUUGUAAAUAGGUACGCAUCUCGGUUUUGGAAUGUCGAUAUGCGACACUGAUAUAAGAUUGGCUACUUCUACCUCCAUAUCAUAAAGUGGGCAUUGCUGAGAUGGGCCAUGGGUGACAGAAACCCUCAAGAGGCUUAUGGUAUUUAACUUUGGUCUGAUGUCGAGUGUUCUUUUGAUGGGGACAUAUAUUGGAUCUUAUGGGGGUAGUAGGGAUGAUCAUUCGAGAUUGUUUUGGAGGUGUGGUGAGGGCUUGUGGAUCAUGAUAGAAGGGUCUCAAGAAUCUGCAAUUAUGGAAUUGGUGGUUGUGCGUAAUGUGAUCCAAUGGUGUAGUCAGAAAGAAUUUCCUUCAGAACGUUUAGUUGGUGAUGCGAAGUUGGUGUUUGAUAAGGUGAAUUUGGGGAUUGCUGAUGUCAAAGGGGGUGAUAUCUUCCAAGAAUUUUGGUGGUUGCUUCAAUCAAACUCAGAAUUGUCAGUAUGCUUUAUAGGUAGGUAGAUAGGCAGAACAAUAAGGUAGCCCAUAUAGUGCCUAAGAAAGUCCUCGCUUUGUCUCCUGAUGAUGUAACCAUUUUUUAUUUUUGAGUUUGGCUCCAUGCCGAGUCGUAAAUGCUAUAUUAUUAUUUUCUUGGUAAUACAAGUGAUAUUUGGUUAAAAAAGCUAUUUUUAUUAUGCAUUAUAUCAUACUGAAUAAUUUCGUCCAGUAAAAAAGGACUUCACGAGGCUUUCAUUGAUUUUGCCCUUAACAGAAAAAUAGAAUAUUUCACAUUUGCUAAAAAAGUCGAUUCAUCCCAUUCAAAAAGGCGUGUGAUCUUAUACAAAAUCAUGGGGUUUUUUAGUCCUACAAAACCUAAUCCAGUGGUUGUAAUUUGAGAAUUGAAGAUCUAAUAAUUCGAAUUAUAUUGGGGUAAGGAGGGAAAUAAGAUAUUUUUUAGAGAAGCAAACUGUAUUCUUUGGGAUAGUUGACCGGAUUUGGGUAGGUCGGCACAGGUUUCUUGGCAGCUGUUAAGCCACUUUUCAAAUCUCCUAUAGAAAUUCAACACAUAGUAGCUCAUUCGUUUUUUUCGGAUUUCAAAAUUUUGUGCAAGGAAAAUCAGAUUUUUUGUGCUCUACAAGAUUAUAUCCAUUUUGAUAUUUUAUAGAGCAAAUUUUUUACGUUAUCUUACCAUUGUCAUAUCACGAUAUUAUCACUGACAAUGGUAUGAUAUCAUAGUGCUAUGAUGUUGAUAUGAUAAUGGUAUAAUGUUGAUACGAUAGUGAUAUGGUGUUGGUAUGAGGUCAUAUAUUUAUCAAAAUAAUUUGAUGACAUCAUAUCAUUGUCAUAUAAUAUCAUGAUAGUAUCACUAUGAUAAUGAUAUGAUGUUGCUAUGACACUAAUACGAUAUUGGUAUGAGAUCUUAUAUUUGACAAAACAUAACAAAAUAUAUAUAAUUGUAUAGAUCUUCAUUAAUGCAUUUUUUCUAAUGAUUUUGUAGAAUAGAUUUUUUACCAUAUACUUUCUUUUAGGGUAAAAAUCUGAUUAGAUAGAGAAUGAUAUGGAGAAUGAAUGAUAAUGUUUUGUAGUGAUUUUGUAGAAUAGUUUUUUUACCCUAUACCUUCUUUUAAAAAAAUAACAACAUUUAUAAAAAAAAAUCUAAAUGCAUUCUAAAAAUCUGGUCGGGUAUUUUUGUAAUAUCGCGAACCUUUCCCGACGAAGAUAUUGUCCGCUUUGGGCCUCGACACUCAUGAUUUUUUACUUGGAGUGAAAUUCAAUGUGACUUCCCAUAAGGAUAAGGUCACCCAUCAUUGUUGUACUUCACACUGAGCACGUUUAACCUCAGAGUUAUCAUAACUCUUCCAUUUUCAGUUUUAAUAAAGUUACAAUAAAAAAAUCAUAAUUCAAUUUCAAUAAUGUUACCCUCAAAGCUCAUGGACAAGACAACUUCUUGAACAAUUUAUAUUUUUAUAGAUAGAUGAUAAUACACGAAUGGUGUGAUUGACUUGUAUAUGAUUUCCAAUGCCAGGUUUUCGGUUUUGGAUUUAUUAGAGGUAUGGUCCAAAGAUUCGUGUCCAUUUUUCUUCUUAUACAACAAGAAUAAUUUCAUUCCACAACCAUCUUAAGCACAAUCAAGAAUUCAAGAUACAAUCAGUAAAGUAGUCAAAUUUGAUCAUGAAUGGUGAUCUAAAGGUUCGUGUCCAAAAGAAGAGAAAAAGGUUCUUAGUUUUGGUCAAAUGAUAACGUUAAGAUUAAGUUCAUUAUAUUAUAUAAAAUCUCGUAGCUAUACUGUAAAAAAUUGUCAAAUAGAGUCAUCAAAAGUUUUUACUCCAGGAACGGCCGAUGUAUUUGGUUGUAAGAUAUCUCCAUGUUCCGCAACGCUGCUCUAAAUGUCAGGAAUAUGGUCAUUGUGAAGGAGAAGGUAAAGAGUGUAAGGUGGUGCAGAUAGCUACAGGAAAAGAACUGGUUCUGGCUGAGAAGAUGACUGCAACUGUUGCUUGGGUUCCUAAGCAAGGUGUUACAGGUUUGCACCCAACUGAUGGGGCAAGCUCUUCAUCUACAGCUGCUGUCACAGACUCUGGAGGAGAUAAGGCAAUUUCAGGAGCUGCUACAGUCUCGGCUACUGGCUACUGAAACUCCUCCUAAUGCAACUCCUGCUUUAGGAUCAAGUCCACUGCUGUUGUUACCUUGACGUUAGUGGGUCAGCUAAGCACACCCCCUGCUCAGUCUAAUGGCAAAAUUGUUGAUGGUGAUGGAUUUCAGCUGGUGACACGAAAAGGAAAGGUUGUGGAUGUGGGUUCAAUCAGGAUUCCUCCAUCAGUAGUGCAAACAAGAGUCCCGUUGAAUGAAAGGAGUCAAGCACUGGUUAUUCGUGGCUCUCCUAAGAAAGGGAGGGGAAGGAAGAAGAAGUGAUGUGUUUCUUAUGUUGGAAUCUUCGGGGGUUUAACUCCCCUGAAAAGCAUAGGUAUAUUAGUACUAAAGUAAUACAGAAUAAAGUAGAUUUGUUUGC